ACAGUACUAUGCGUUUAAUCUACGCCUAUUCGGACAAAGAUCCAACGUCCGAGGACGACCUGGAGUACCAUUUCCAGAAAAGAGGAUCGAAGAGUGUCCUGUUACUGCAACAAAACAAUCGUCACCUGGUGGAUAAGUCAUCUCUGCUGUAUUGGGAUGUUCUUUCUCCGAAUUUCAAAGUCCCAUCUGAGUAUUCUACCAUGUACUGGUGCAAAAUCUACAAAAGUCCACAGCUUUCAGAGAAGCAUCACAUUAUUCUGGUGGAGCCUCUGAUUCAAAAAGGACAUGAGAAUAUCGUGCAUCAUCUCCUAAUGUACGAGUGCGUAGGAGCCGCUCCUGAUGAGUAUAAUCCACAUGUGGAUGCCUAUGGUCAUCAGUGUCAUAGGCCGAACAUGCCCGACGCGAUGAAGAAAUGCGAAGGUGUCUUCCUCGCCUGGGCUGUUGGAGGAGAAGAUUUGGUGUUACCUGAACACGUGGGUUUGCCUCUAGAUCCAAGUCCCUCUAAGUAUUAUAUGUUGGAAAUACAUUAUGAUAAUCCUUUCCACAAAAAAGGCAUAGUCGAUCAAUCUGGAUUCAGAAUAUACUACACUCCUGAUCUGAGAGAAUACGAUGCCGGGUCUCUGAUGAUCGGCUCCACCAUAAGUGCUCGAAUGCUGAUCCCUCCAGGACGAUCGCAGUUCGUCGUAGCGGGUCAUGGCAAUCCAAAUUGCCUAGAAUCGGCCAUGCCGGAAGAAGGUGUCAAACUGUUUGGAGUCUUCCUACAUGCUCAUUUACUGGGGCGCCGUAUAAAGGCUCGCCAUUUUAGGAACCGCACUGAACUACCACCAUUAGCAGUCGACUCCAACUACGACUUCAACUAUCAGGAAUACAGAUAUUACCAAGAAGAAGUCUCUCUGUUGCCGGGAGACCAAGUAACAGUGGAAUGCACCUACGAUUCUUCUGGUAGAAAUGAGACAACAUUCGGAGGUGAAAGCACCCGGCAAGAGAUGUGUCUCGUCUUCUUCCUCUACUACCCUCGAAUAGAGAGGUUCGCCUCGCUGAGUGUUCCUAUUCUGCCUCUCAUCAACACAUUAUUCAAUACGAGUCUCAAGAUGAAAGAUGUCAGAGAUGGUUCUUUCUACAAGUAUUUCCGGCAUUACAACUGGGAGAAAACAAACCUCAACAUAGUAGAAAAUUCUUUGAGGUACGCCAUGCACGAUACUCAUUGUUAUCUGGGAAACGGCGAAAAGACUUCGGUGCGAAGUCUGAUAUCUUAUCCAGAGGAUCUCACCGAAUACAAGAUAUCCACACCUUGCGGGAAGGGCACAGAAAAGAGCAGACGAUAUGGCAACAAAGAGGUCCCUAGUGGAGUUCCGAAUCUGCGAGUGAACAGUGCACUUCUUUCUUAUCUUCUCCUUUACAGCGCACUUCCUAUCUUAUGGCAAGGAAUCCAAUUCCUAGUUGUAGCUCAGUAAGACUGAUAUGUUAUGGCCACUACCCGAACAUUCGGGGUAUUAGUUAAUACAUUUAUACUCAAUGUUUUGUCAGUGUUGAGCUUUAUUACUCAGCAGAACAUGGGGUUCUGAAACCUGCUUAAGUCAUCGAAUAUAAUGUCAUGAUUCUUCUUUCUGACAGAAAUAUAUGAUUAAACUCA